GGCGAAGCUCCGCCUUCCGCUGGCCCUGCCUCCCCGGGCGGAGCUCCAGGCGGAAGGGCUUGCUUUGGGCCUGGGCCUGAGCGGCGAGAAGGCGACGGGCCGGGAUGGAGGGAAGCUGCGCGCCCGAAGGCUCCGCUGCCGCAGCCUACAAGAAAAUCGUCAUCUUCGGCGCCACCGGCAUGACGGGCCUGGCCACCCUGGCGCAAGCCCUGGAGGCGGGCUACCAGGUGACAGUGCUGGUACGGGAUCCUGUCCGGCUGCCCCCUGAGCUCCAGCCAGCACAAGUGGUGGUGGGAGAUGUGCUGAACCCGGCAGACGUUGAUCGAGCAGUGAGGGGGCAGGACGCCGUGAUCAUCAUCUUGGGCACCCGCAAUGACCUCAGUCCCACCACCAUGAUGUCUGAAGGCACGCGGAACAUUGUGGCCGCCAUGAAGUCCUAUGGCAUCAGCAAAGUGGUGGUCUGCCUCUCAGCUUUCCUGAUGUGGGAUCUGGACAAGGUUCCUGCCAAAAUGCAGCCAGUGACCGAAGACCACAUCCGGAUGCAGCAGAUCCUGAAGGAGUCAGGCCUGGACUGUGUCUACGUCAUGCCACCCCACAUUGCAGGUGACCAGCCCCUCACCGGCGACUACACCGUCACUGUGAACACUUCGAGUGGUUCCCGAGUCAUCUCAAAGCAUGACCUGGGGCACUUCUUUCUCAAGUGCCUGACCACAUCUGAGUACAAUGGGAAAAAUGUCUACCUCUCCAGGCAUUAUUCCAAGGAAUGACACCCUCCCCUCCUCAGAAGGCUGGAAAUCGCUGCUUCAGAUGCAUACCCCCCCCCCCCCC